GAUACGGGUGUGCCGGGGCAUCGGCCACGGCAUAUGGACUGAUUGCCCGAGAGGUUGAGCGAGUGGAUUCCGCCUAUCGGUCGACGCUGUCUGUACAGUCAUCACUGGUCAUGAACCCGAUCAACCUGUUCGGUUCACAGGAGCAGAAGCAGCGUUUCCUGCCUCUCCUGGCGACCGGCGAACUUGUCGGUUGUUUCGGCUUGACUGAACCGGAUCAUGGCUCGGAUCCCAGCGGCAUGGUAACACGAGCUGUGGACAAGGGAGAUCACUUUGUCCUGAGCGGCGCAAAGAACUGGAUCACCAACUCUCCGAUUGCUGACGUUUGCCUUGUCUGGGCCAAAACGAGCACAGACGACAAGGUCCGUGGCUUCUUGGUGGAGCGGGGCAUGGAGGGUCUCGCCACGCCCAAGAUUGAGGGGAAGUUCUCUUUGAGAGCUUCUCCGACCGGGAUGAUUCAGUUGGAUGGCGUGAAAGUUCCAAAGGAGAACGUGCUGCCCAACGUCACUGGCAUGCGGGGGCCUUUCGCCUGUCUGAACUCAGCUCGCCUAGGUAUCGCCUGGGGAGCCCUGGGCGCUGCAGAAUUCUGCCUCGAAGCAGCAAGGCGCUACACCCUGGACAGGAAGCAAUUCGGUCGCCCGCUUGCUGCCAACCAGCUGGUUCAGGCAAAGAUGGCCAAUGCGCUGACUGACAUCACAAUCGGCCUGAAUGCGGUUCUGCAAGCCACGCGCAUGAAGGAGGCUGGCGAGCUGCACUCUAACGUCAUCUCCAUGAUGAAGCGCAACUCGUGCACCAAGGCUCUGGAAAUCGCGCGCACUUGCCGCGACAUGCUGGGAGGCAACGGAAUUGUGGAUGAGUACCACAUCAUCCGACAUGUUUGCAACCUCGAGGCGGUCAACACAUACGAGGGCACGGCCGACAUCCACUCCCUGGUCUUAGGACGUGCGAUCACAGGACUGCCGGCCUUCAAGUGA